AUGAUUGUGCCCAACGUGAGCGUCGGCGGCUGCACAAGGACCAGUAGCGCGCUGUGUGCGGGUGCUGGAGACAGGAAUCUGGAAGCGUCAUACCGCACCACCCUAAGCCCGACCGGGAACCUGAUAGUCGCUGUGUGUUUGGGCUUUAUUGGUACCUUCGGAUUCCUCAACAACCUCCUGGUUCUCGUCCUCUUCUGCCGCUACAAGGUGCUGCGCUCGCCUAUCAACCUGCUACUAAUGAACAUUUCCUUCAGCGAUCUGCUUGUGUGUGUGGUGGGCACUCCGUUCAGUUUCGCGGCAAGUACGCAAGGAAGAUGGCUCAUAGGAAAAAGUGGAUGUGUAUGGUACGGCUUUGCCAAUUCACUAUUUGGCAUCGUGUCCCUCAUCUCCCUGGCCGUGCUCUCCUACGAGCGCUACAGCACCAUGAUGGGCCCAACCAAGGCCGACUCCACCAACUACCGGAAGGUAGCCUUGGGCAUUGCUUUCUCCUGGUUCUACUCCUUGGUGUGGACCCUGCCGCCGCUCUUCGGCUGGAGCCGCUACGGCCCCGAGGGGCCCGGUACCACCUGUUCCGUGGACUGGAAGGCCAAGAGUGCCAACAAUGUCUCGUACAUCCUCUGCCUCUUUGUUUUCUGCCUCAUCAUCCCCUUCCUGGUCAUAGUCUACUGCUAUGGUAAGCUGUUGCAUGCAAUCAAACAGGUUAGCGGCAUCAACACAGCUAUGAGCAGGAAGAGGGAGCACCGUGUUCUUGUCAUGGUAGUUGCCAUGGUGCUAGUGUACCUGAUGUGCUGGAUGCCCUACGGGGUCAUGGCCUUGCUGGCCACCUUCGGACGCCCCAGCCUGGUCACCCCUGAGGCCAGCAUCGUGCCCUCGGUCUUGGCCAAAACCAGCACGUUCAUCAACCCCGUUAUCUAUAUCUUCAUGAACAAGCAGUUCUACAGGUGCUUCCGAGCCCUGCUGAGGUGCCAAGAGCCCCAGAGGGGUUCCAGCAUCAGGAGCUCCUCCAAGGCGCCGACCAAAGCUGUCCGUGGUGGCACCCACAAAACCAACGACAACAACUUCACCUUCGAGGUGGCCUCCCUUGGGCAGCCCACCAGCAUGGUCCCCCAGCUGGGGAACGCAACUGUGCACACAGCCAUCCCCGCUUCCUUUGACAUGGUCAAGCCCAACAUGGUGUCGCUAGUGGCCCACUACAACGGCGAAGGUCUGGGGCCGUCAGGGGUUACGACCUCUAGGAACCAAUUACAGGGAGGGGAGGUGGAUCCAGAGGGGCCGUCAAAGUGGAUUUAGUGCUGUUACGAAGCUUGCCUCUUGUCAGUAUGAUGGACAGGAGGCAUAGAGGGAAAUCUUUGAAAGCCUCCUGACUCUUCGGAAGUGGAGCCAUAGGAGCUACUAGUCCAUCUUGAGGAAGGACAUCAAUCUGUCUGGCCCUGCACAAUGUUAUACAUAUUUUCGCCAUUUACUAUCUCAAAUACGCCUAUGGACUGAGAGUGGGGAGAAAAGGGUGUGAAGAAACCCUGUAUUUUUUACAAUUUCUAAAUUUUUGACGAAUAUAUUAGUUCUAUGAAAUGUCAUGAUGCGAUUUCACCGUCUGUACCUUUACAGUACCACGAUAAAGAGCGAUGAAGAGUGCAUUUUUGUAUUGAUCUGAGAUUGGAAUCACAGAUUGAGGAAACUCUAUUAUUGUAUUCAAGUCUUUUCAGGAGAGUUUUCAAAAGUGUCAAGAUGACAAAGCGCUAAUGACAAAAAAACACUAAAGGUAAUGAUGGGAUUGUACUGUUAAUGAUUUUUUUGAUUGCUGAACCCAGUUCCAUCACUCAAACGUAUUCAAUUGUAGCUAGUCACGUAUAUACUUUGUGUCAUAAACAUAGGUAGCAUGUGUCUGGCAUGUAUAUUUCUUUCGAAAAACAUUUGAUGUAAAUAUUUUUUUAAAGUCCAAAAAGCUGCAGAUGUGGGGUAUGAAUCUGGAGGUCCAGGGAACUGGUGGUUUUCUUUUCUCCCUGGUGGUUAAUUGAUUGAUUUAUGUAACUUAUUGGCCAGAGAUUCCACUCACUGUGUUAAGUCGCAUCAGUCCUUGACUAUUUCUGGCCUUGCGGUCUGGAUCUGAGAAAAGAAGGUCUAAUCUGUUCUGACAAAAAUGUUGUAAUUUUUUUUACAAUAUGUUAUGUUGGGUCUGUAGGCACUGCAAUCCUCAAGUGACUUGAAUAGAGCCCUGUAAUAUAAACUAGUUUGAACAACUUUACAGCAUAAUGUACAAUAGUUUGUUCCUUUUCUUGUGAAAUAUGAUGGCCCGUGUUGUGAUUAAGGGCCUACAAAUAGCUAGGUGUCCAGCCAAAAUGCGUGGCUUACAGUAGGUAUGGUUAGAUAUCACCUAUCAUACUAAAUUAGGCUUGCUAGAAUCAGCAUGUGCGACACUCACCGCCCAUCAUCUUGAUUGGUAUUCAGCAUUUACCCAUUUUAUUAAUAACACUACAUCCCUGGCUCUAUGUCUAGCCAGUUUGUGUGACCCCCCAUUUAGUCAACAUAAGGGACAUCCCGAUUAAGCCUAAAAUUAUGUGAAAUUAUUGUAAAUGGCUUCAAACGGCAGAGGCCUCAUCUAUAUAGAAAGCAUGUUGAAGGUAUCAAGAAGGAGCUGUGACUGUAUUGACAGAGAAAUUACCUGGGAAUUACACAGUAAUUACAGAAUUCAUUACUGCUACCUAGUUACUUCUACUACUAGAUAGGUUGUUUACUUUAGCUAAUCGGUCCAAUUUGAAUAUCAAUGAAGUACUUUGGGACAUAAAACCAUGAAAAUAAUCACAUUUGCAUCAUACCCAAUUGGGUCUGACUGCAUGACUUGUUAUGACAUGAUACUAAAGUGAAAGUAGAGGACUGGUAGAGCAUGUGCUCUUGAGAUAUUGUAUUAUAGCCUUAAGUCUUACAAAAUGUACUGUAUACAUUGGUCCUCAACCUUUGAGGCUAUGCUCAGUGCUUCAGGUGGAAUACAACAUGUGUAUUGGUGCACCAGUGAGUAGGCCUAAUGGCCCACUUCAUGUACAGUGUGUGCAGUAUGAACAAAGGGCACUUUCUGUUUGUUUUUGUUUUUAAGUGGAGGACAUUUUUGUUCAAAUCUGAAAAAUUAUAGGAGGCAUGAGUUUGCAUAAAUAUUGUUUCGAUUUUUGUUAACACUACAAUGGUUAUGUAGGCAUUAUAAAAGUCUUGAAUUGACCAUGCUGAAUAAGAGUAACCAUUGGUAGUGUAAUGUUAUCUCGCUGGGAAAAUGUUUAAGAGUGUAUAUUGAUGUGUGUUUAAUUGACCACGACGACUGUUAAAGCGGCAAUCAGCAGCUGAAACAAUAACAAAGCAUCACUGUUUCGCUAAAAAGCUGAGGUAUGGGGCUGGAGAAAAUGUAGCACUCACAAAUUCAUAGACAGAGCUUUGGAUGCAAGGACAAAAUGAUAGUUCUUACCAUUUACUUUGUUUACAAACACUGGAGUAAAACAAGCUUAUAUUUUGGUUCUGACGGGGUACGACAGUUGAACUAAGGUCAUGGCAUUUAUAAGUUGUUCUUCAAGAAUCAAUGGGUACAUAUACAUUUAUAUGUCCAAAAAUGUGUGUAGCUGCUGCAGAUUGCCCCUUCAACUAUGGACAGACCAGACAGACAUGCCACAAGUAAAUAAUAUUAUACCAAAGAAAUAGGAAUU